UGUGAUUUGUUAUAGUUUUUAUAUUUGAUUAAAAGUAAAAAACUUAUAUUUAGGGUCGGCUAGUAGUAAAUCAGAAUGGUCACGUUCCCCGAAUAAAUUAAAAACCGUAACGUAGUACCUUAUAUUAGUUAUUACAUUGUAUGAAAAAAUAUUGGGAAAAAGAUAGCACAUGCCGUUUUUUUUUUUUGUUAUGUAAUUAUAAUAUUAAACACUAAUUUUACAAGUCGGCGAAAGGGGUUUCCAUGACGAAUAAAAACUUAGGUAAACGCAUUAAUACAUUUUCUAGGAUGUCGAUGAAGGUAAAUUUACAACGAGCUUGGAAACCAAAAUUGGGAAUUUUGAUUUGUAUGUGUUCUAAAACCCGCGACAGUUUAUCUCCAUGCUGCGGUGUACCUACUCCUUUGGCAACCACUCGUUAUCACACAAACACACACACUAUCACAAAUCUGUCUAGAAAAUGUUAGCGUUGUUCUGUAGUUGUCGUUAAUAAACCUACAUAAAAUACAAAUUUUGUUUUUGUUAAUAAUUGGAACUUUUAUUUUGUAAUCUCUCCUUUCUGUGAAUUAUAACUAGCUGAAUUCGAUUUAGCGCCACAGAAACAAUUUGUUUUCAUUAUUGUUGCUACGGGACCGAUUCGUGAGAAUUUCUAGAUUUUAAUCAUAAUAACUUAGUUGAAGUUUAUGAUAAAUACUUAACGUAUUGUGUCGUGUUUCGUUAGUAAGUUACAAUUGAGUUUUUUUUGUAAUUUGUUUAUUAUACAUUUUAAGUAGCAGCCCUUUACGACAGCGGUUUACGGUUCUACGUUGUAGUUUGAAAGCGGUAUAAAAUGUUGAAAAUUAAACUUGAAAAUGAUGAAACAGAACAACACUCCUUUGAAGUCAUUGCACCCAAACCGUUAGAUGUGCAGUUCACGAAAAAUGAAAUUUCUACAACAGAGGAGUAUUUGGUAAAGAAUGAAGUCGACAAUACUUAUGAAGUUUUAAAGCAGUACAAUAUGUUGAAAAUUAAACAUGAAAACGAUGAAACAGAAGAACACUCCUUUGAAGUCAUUGCACCCAAACCGUUAGAUGUGCAGUUCACGAAAAAUGAAAUUUCUACAACAGAGGAGUAUUUGGUAAAGAAUGAAGUCGACAAUACUUAUGAAGUUUUAAAGCGGUACAAUAUGUUGAAAAUUAAACAUGAAAACGAUGAAACAGAAGAACACUCCUUUGAAGUCAUUGCACCCAAACCGUUAGAUGUGCAGUUCACGAAAAAUGAAAUUUCUACAACAGAGGAGUAUUUGGUAAAGAAUGAAGUCGACAAUACUAAUGAUGUGCAUUAUCCGCGUAACGAGAUGGACACAAACUCUACGGAUUACUACAAUACUCGAAACAAAGAUGGCCUAUUCAAUUGCGAUAUUUGUUUGAAAAGUUUUUCGUUCAAAUCAAACCUGAGAACACAUUGGCGCGUUCAUACGGACGAAAAGCCUUUUGAAUGCAAUGUCUGUAAUAAAACUUUUUGUCAAAAAUCUAACCUGAAAACUCACCAAAGAACGCAUACCGGCGAAACGCCCUUUGAAUGCGAUGUGUGUAAAAAAACACUCAGUCGACGGUCUUCUCUGGACAGCCACAAAAGGACACAUACCGGCGAGAAACCGUUUAAAUGCGAUGUCUGUGCGAAAUGUUUCAAUACACAAUCUUACCUGAAAACUCACAAAAGGAUACACAUGGGCAAGAAACCUUUUAAGUGCAACGUCUGUGAAAAAACAUUCAGUCAACGAUGUCAUCUCAAGACACAUGCACGUAUACAUACCGGCGAGAAACCCUUUAAAUGCCAUGUCUGUGCAAAAUGUUUUAAUACACAAUCUUACCUGGAAACUCACAAAAGGAUACACAUGGGCAAGAAACCCUUUAAGUGCAACGUCUGUGAAAAAACAUUCAGUCAACAAUGUCAUCUCAGAACACAUGAACGCAUACAUAUCGGUGGGGUACGGCAUAAAUGCUCAGUCUGUGAUAAAUCCUAUGGUCGCCGAGAUAAUCUGAAAAGACAUCAAGCAAAAGCACACCACUAAAAAAGCCUUUUUUUGUUUAUAGUUUUUUAAUGUUUACCAUCGUUUAACUGAUCAUUUGACUUUGACGUUUUUUUUAUUUGACUUAUAACUCCUCUUUUCACAGACCAUAUAAAAUGUUUAGUUUUUUAAUUUUUUAUAAUAUAAUUUUUUUAGUUCCAUAAUUUACACAUGAAAAAUAGUAGAUAAUAUUGUUACUAUUGGUAUUUAGUGUUCAAAUAAUAUGAUAAUGUAUUUUAUAAUAAUUACUGUUGUGGUUUUUUAAAGAUAAAU